AUGAAGGUGACAGCACAAGAUGACCUGGAGUCCCUGUCUAAGACCUGGAGGGCCUGCUUCGGCAAGGAUGGCAACUUCACCGUCAUCGUUGAGGAGCUCAGCGAUGCGGCCGAUGCCACCCGUAGCACGGAGGAGCUCCAGGCAGACACCAAGCGCACCGAGUUCAAGGUGUGGGCCUCGUUGCUCACCCAGCGAUCUCCCGUCUUCGCGAAGAUGAUCUGUUCCUUGGCAGGUUCCGACACCUUUGUGGAAGGCCGUGAGGCGGAAGUGGUCAUCAAAGACUUCUCGCGCGACGCCGUGGAGAUCUUCUUGCGCUUCUUGUACUCCGGGGCUGUUGAGGCCUCCCCUGGCAUGCUCGUGGAGGUUGCUGCCAUGGCACUCAAGUAUGAGACCAAAACCCUGCACUCGCUUUGCAUGCAGGAAAUCAGCGGGCAGAAGCUCACGCCUGAGAUGGCGUGCGAGGUCUUCGCUUCCGCAGACCGCUUCCGCAUGCCCGACUUGCGCACGGAAGCCUUGGAGAAGAUCUUGGUCCAUCCUGGAAGCGCCCUGAAGAUACGCCCGCAACUCCGCCCAGAGCUGCUGGAAGAGAUUUUGGAUUCUGGCCUGCUGUGUAUGGGGGAUGCGGACCAAACUCAGCUCUUUCGAGGCUGGGGGAAGAGGGAGGACGCGUUGCAGCACAUCAUCGAAGAUCGCUUCUCCAUCACGCCACUGCCUGCGAGGAUUUCAGGCGAGCACAGCAGCAAUGUGUUGCGGAGCCUCUGGGCGCGCUACGAGAAGUCCGGGCAGAAGGGUGCCUUCCUGGGCUACUGGGUGGUCCCGGUCCUCGGCCCUGGACAGGCACAGAUUGUUUCUUCGGGUGCAGAUGCCAUGCUCAAGUUCGCCUGGGGAGAAUUGUCUGGAGCAUUUCGAGACGGUUGGGUGAAGUGGAAGCUCCCCUAUAGCCAUGUGUACCCCCUGGGCUUCUCCUUCUCUGAGGACUGCAAGUGCGCAAAUCUCAGGAUUUGGUGCAAAGAUGACACGACCUGGAACCUUGCCUACAGCGCCGAUAGCAUAAACAUCACUCCCCAGACCAUCCUACCGUGCAAGAAAACCAAGAGUCUGGUGAAGUGCUUCAAGCUGGAAGUCACAACAGUGGACUUUUGGCGACCUUUUCGUGGCGAUUUCAGAAUCCACGGCAUCUUGCAAACAAAGUGA